AUGCGCAUCCACAGGACGAGUGAAUUACCGCGGCUACGGCUGCGACCGCUGGAGCUGUUGCUGAUACCGCUGCUGCUCAUCAGUGGCACCAGUAUGGUCUCCGGUAACUCAUUCUCCGUGACCGGAAGCAAUCUGAUAGUGCAACUCGGUACGUACGCUGUAACGCUGAAGCAGUGCUUCUACCAGAGAACCUUCCACGGACAGCUCAGCCCCGAUACUGUCACUUUCACGAACCCAACCGGUAAGCCCAUCAAUUUCAUUCAGGUUGAGACGGACCAGGCGAUUGAUUAUGGUGGCAUUUCGGCCACGAUCGUCAGUGGUACGCUCGGAACGAGCGCCUCCAUCACGAUACAGAUCACAACCACGCCACGAACAGCGCUCUUCCAGAACAACGUCGACACUCAAAUGUACUGCACUCCCUAG